AUGCUCAAUUUGAACAAGACGAGUGGACAUGGCGUGGGUGUUCCUCCUCAGCAGCGCAAGGUCGAAGACCGUCCAGCUGACCGUUCCGCAGGUGUGAAUGUCACCGAGUUCGGCCUGCCCCAUCUCGCCUCGAACUUCUCGGCUGUCAACGUCAACGACCCUAGUUUUUUCGCAACAACCUACGACCUUACAUGGCCCAACGGCGGCAACAUCUCGGCGGGGUUGAGAGGGUCAAAGUCUCCCUUCUGCAUCACCACGUUUGACUACCCGUUCCCGGCAAACGUCACCGACAUGUACACCGAAGCGAACACCAACAGCACCGACUGCGAGUUCAUCCUGGGCGAGGACUGUCUCAACCAGCUCUACUACGAAGGCAACAAUCUUGACGGAGACCAGUGCGUCAGGCCUUCGUGGAGAGACAUCCCCGAAUGUAACGGGACGCUUGGCGCUGCGAUACAAACCAGCGCGGCCGGGGGGCCCUUCACUUUCAGUCUCUCGACGAGUGACAUCAACCUCGAUUCUGCAAACAACUCCCUGACCGACGCACAACCGAUCUUGAGCGGGGAGGGGCUAUGGGCGUUCGAGAGCGGGGUGAUUAACGGAGCGGAUGCGGCUCAGGGGUACUUGGAGUCCACGAACCGGCUCCAGAUAUUCAUGUUCAACACCUGGAUCAACAUAACAAACGGCCGGGUGAGCAAGCCGAAUAUCCUCUGCAUGCGGGUCAACACAACGACAGCGUCCGGCAAUACGUCGGCCGCCUCGUCUCUAGGUCGCACGACUGCGGCUAUGGCCGCUGUUCUUGUAACUAUAUUUGCGAUGCUUGCUUAG